UAUUCACGGGUGUCUCUCUGCUUCCAACUCACUGAUCUUCAACAAUGGCUUCUGAUGGAAUGCUUAGCGUAGAGGUAGAGGUGAAGUCUGUCGCAGACAAGUUCUGGAAUAGCAUGAGGGACUCAACAAUCAUCUUCCCCAAGGCCUUCCCGCAUGAUUACAAAAGCAUUGACGUUCUUGAAGGCGAUGGGAAAGCAGUUGGUUCGGUUCGCCUCAUUACAUAUUCUGAGGGUUCUCCAAUCGUUAAAGAGUCGAAAGAGAGGAUUGAGGCUGUGGAUGAGGAAAAGAGGUCAGUUUCUUACAGCGUUAUAGAAGGGGAUCUUCUCAAGUAUUAUAAGAGUUUCAAGGGGCACAUUACUGUGAGUCCUAAAGAAGAUGAAAGUGGGAGCUUAGUGAAAUGGAGUUGUGAGUUUGAGAAGGCGAGUGAGGAGGUUCCUGAUCCUCAUCUCAUUAAGGACUUUGUGGUGAAGAAUUUCUCAGAACUGGACGACUAUGUUUUGAAGCAGGCAUAGAUCCAACCACACCUUGAUUAAGGAGGAUGCCUCUUAGGGCUAUGGAGAAUAAUAUGGUUCCUGUGUAUGUGUUUGUGGUGUUUAAUGUUCUCUUGAUCUACUUCAUCUUGGCUAACUGAAUUAAAUAAUCCUUUUCUUAUUCUAAGUUUACAUCAUGCUCUAUUUCUUAUGUUUCAAUCCAUGAACAUCAAGAAGCUAAGAAAGAAGAAAGGGACUAGUUUGAAUUAGAUAAAAAAAGAUAUAUAAAGGUUCCAUUACA